CGUGGCCGACGCCAUGUUGAAGCCUGGCAGAAACCGGGCAGUGGGAGUGGGAGUGAGACUGAGGGUUGGGGAGCCAGGCGGCCGGGGUGAGGGGCGGGGUGAGGGAUGGGAUGAGGGACAGCCUUAGGGACAGCCCUGUCCAGGCGUAGUUGGAACCUGGGUACCGAGGAGCCGGCUUCACACCGACAGCUCCUCCUGGGCGUCCUCGGCGCCACUGCGCAUGCCUGGGACGGUUGGGCAGUGGCGGUUUCGUCCUAUGUUGGCUUUCGGAAGGCGCGCUUGCCAGUUUCUCAAAUUCCUGAAACCUCUACACCUCCGAGCAUGAGCGACUGGAUGCCCAUUGCCAAGGAAUAUGACCCGCUUAAAGCUGGCAGCAUCGAUGGUACAGAUGAAGACCCACAUGACCGAGCUGUGUGGAGGGCCAUGCUGGCCCGCUAUGUCCCCAACAAAGGAGUCACCGGAGACCCCCUCCUUACCCUGUUUGUGGCACGACUGAACUUGCAGACCAAAGAGGAAAAGUUAAAGGAAGUCUUCUCCCGGUAUGGUGACAUUCGGCGGCUGAGGCUGGUUCGGGACCUGGUGACAGGCUUCUCCAAGGGCUACGCCUUCAUUGAGUACAAGGAGGAGAGGGCCCUGAUGAAGGCCUACAGAGAUGCUGAUGGCCUGGUCAUUGACCAGCACGAGAUAUUCGUGGACUAUGAGCUAGAGAGGACUCUCCGUGGCUGGAUCCCUCGGCGGCUGGGUGGCGGAUUGGGUGGGAAAAAGGAAUCUGGGCAGCUGAGGUUCGGUGGGCGAGAUCGGCCUUUCCGAAAACCCAUUAACUUGCCAGUUGUCAAGAAUGAGCCACAUAGAGAAGGGAAAAGGGAAAGGAGGGAGCGAUCUCGAUCUAGGGACAGACACUGGGACCCCAGGCCCAGGGAACGGGAUCAUGACAGGGGCCGAGAGAAGCACUGGCAAGAGAGGGCCAGGGUGUGGCCUGAGAAUGAUUGGGAAAGAGAGAGGGAGUUCAGGGAGGAGAGGGUCAAAAGCCGGGACAAGAGGGACAGAAGUAAGUAGAGGCAGCAGCAGGCAGCCUCCGUCAGGCUGGGGCAGUGCCUUUAGCAGUACUGGGGAUUGAACUAGAGAGUGCGGCAUGUCAGGCAAGCGCUCCAACCACAGCCACAUAGGAUGAGAGGGAGAAACAAGUGUGUAAGAAGAAAUGUCCAGCUCCUGUGGAAAUAGAAGAGUUUUCACAUGCUGUCAACCCAGCACUUGGGAGUUGGAGGCAGAAGGAUGGAAAGAGAGAGGGGAUAAUAAAGAAUCUGUCUUCCCUUUCUCACACCUUUUGAGGUGGGGUUUGUAUGUGUGGCAGAGGGGAUAGUGGUUUAAACCCCUUAAGUAGCCUGGUGUGAUGGCACACCCCUGUCAUCCUAGCACUGGGGAGACAGGAGAAUUGCAAGUUUGAAGCCAGUUUGGGGUACAAAAUAAGACCCUGUCUCAAUAGCCUAUGAGAAUUAAUUAUACUGACAUUGACUCCUGGGAUAUAUUGUCUUUUCCAUUUUCAUGUUUGUAGCCCCAGGGUUUGCUAAAUUAGAAAGGUCAAAUCCAAGGAGAGUGCUCCAGCUCUUAAUAACUAGACAACAGGUUGAGCAUCUGGCUCAGCAGGCCGCUGCUGUCAAGUCUGUAGCCUGCUCCCUGAAAAAGUGCUGAUGGCCAGCCUUCUUCCCACACUGGCAUUUCAAAUGAAACAUGGCCUUGCAGGGCUGUGAUCUGUAGCUGACUCUGAGCUCUUUGAAGAUAAAUCCAGGCGAUGGUAGGAUAUGCAGAGGCAAGCAGAUCUCUGUGUUCGAGGCCAGCCUGGUCUACAAAGUGAGUUCCAGGUCAGCCCGGGCUGUACAGUGAGACUCUGUCUCAGCAGGAAUGAGCUGAAAGAAAGGGAGGAAGGAGAGACCACCUGGACCUAGUUUGAAGGGCUGGUGUGCUCUUUUUCUGAUUAUCUGGGUUCAGGUUGGCUGGACAGCUGAAAUCUGUAAACUUGAAUUCAACCAAAGACUGCUCUCAAGACUUUAAAAGUAAAAUGGCAUUUGGCCAGGCUUAGUGAGGCACACGCAUAAUCCCAGCCCUUAGGAGGCAGACAGGCAGUUUGAUCUAUAUGAAAUUCCAGGCUGUUUCAUUCAGUAAACAUACUGCCAUUGGAGAGCUAACGAGGUGGCUCAGAGCGUCAAAGUAUGUAUUACUUGGGCUGGAAAGACAGCUCAGCAUUUAAGAGCACUCGAUGUUCUUAGAGGCAACCUGGGCUCCAUUCUCAGCACUGCAUGGUGGCUUAAAAACCUCUAAUUCCAGUUCCAGGGGACCCCAUACCCUUUUCUGGCCUCAUGUGCAUGCGCAUGUGCAAAACACACAUACACAAAAUUAUAUAUACACGUGUGGAGGCACUUACACAAACACUAAAUUAAAUCUCUUUUUAAAAGGGUCACACAACCCUGAUCUUAGAUCCCCAGAACCAUGAUUGAUAUAAUCAGUGUGUGACCUCCACAUGAGCGCCAUGGCACACACAUCACACAUACAAAGGUUAUUAGAGCCAGGCAUAGUGGCACAAGCCUGUCAGCCCAGCACUUAGGAGACACAGCACUAUUUGGAAUCUAAGGCCAACUAGGGCCAUAUAAUAAAAUCUUGACUCAAAAACCAUCACAAAGCUGGGUGUGGUGGCGCAUGCCUUUAAUCCCAGCACUCGGGAGGCAGAGGCAGGCGGAUUUCUGAGUUUGAGGCCAGCCUGGUCUACAAACUGAGUUCCAAAACAGCCAGGGCUAUACAGAGAACCCUGUCUCGGAAAAACAAGAAAUGGCUGGACCUUGAGAGCACACUCACAUUGAAGCCACAGUGAGUGCUAGUGGCAUGCACCCACGUGCUCAGCUUCUCCUUGUUUCUUAACUAAAGAGCGUGAUGCACAGGGCAUGGUCCCAUUCAUCAUACGAUCUUAGGAAGUGACAUCCUCUGAUCCCCAUGUGCUCUGUGCAUCAGCAGAAAGUACAUGGGCUAGUCUUCAGUUCCUCCUGUGGCCAUGCAACUGUGGGUCAGCUAGGCACGUGGUCUCUAAGCCCCUGCCUACCCAAGCCCUUCCACCCACCCCUACCUCUGACUUCCUCAUCCACCACAGCACAUCACCUAGGCUUGUGAGCCUGGUACCCAAUCCACUUUAAAACACUGUUGUCUUUGCAUAGGACCCAGUAUUUCACCCAAGAAACAUGAGAAGAAAAAAAGGUAGCAGGAAAAGAAAAAGGCACACAGGAAACAAGUUGAUGUCUCAUCCUAAACAACAUUGUUUGGUUAGUACUGCGUAGCUCACAGCAGAUUCCAAGGCACACCAUCUCGGACAGGCUUCUUGGGCCUCUAGCUUUAUCAGAACAAAGUGUGACAGUCCUGUGGUUGUUUCUAGCGAGUGGCUAGAACUGCAUGAUUUUCUGUUGUGUCCCAGCCAAACUGGGUAGUCCAUCCUAUGAUCCGAGGCUCCACCUGUCCGAUUCACGCUUCCUGUUAUGUAUAGCCUGCUACCUCCAGGGCAACUUCAUGAUAUAAAACUCCCUUCCUCUGCUCCUCACCGACAAAGGCCGUAAGAAAACAAACAAAACCUAGGAGUCAAACAGCUAUGAUAGUGGCGAAGUGUUCAGCUUAGAAAGCCUGUUAACUGAAAUUAAUGUGGUCUGGUUUCAUAUCCUCAUCUUAUUAAAUAGAGGUCCUAAGGGUUUCGAGGCAUUGAGUAUAAACUGGGUAGCCCUGCAGAUAAAUAAAACACUUCUUUCAAA